GCGCUCCGCUGUUGGCCCCGGGCGGCUCGCGCGCACCUGCUCUCGGGCCGCCGCCGGCCGGCUCCUGGCGUCCUCGCCGCGCAAGUGGCGGGUCCCGCGGGACUUGCGGUGCCGGCUCCCCGGCCCCGGGAUGGCGUCGCGGCCGAGCUAAUUCGGGGACCUUCCUGCCUGAGCCAGGACCUGCACGUACAGGAGGGAGAUGGUGGCUGGUGCUUGUGCAGCCCUCUGGGAAGCAGGCUCUCCCACGCGGGAGGUGCCACCCAGAUAGCGGUGCGCUUGAUCUGAAGAGUAAACUAGGGAGCCGGUGGCAGAGCUGGGUUGAUGGGAGACUUGGCAGUGAAGUUUCUCCUUGGACCAAGAUGACUGAUGGAAACCUUUCCAGCUCUACAAAUGGCGUGGCCUUGAUGGGCAUCCUGGAUGGUCGGCCAGGAAACCACAUUCAGAACCUGCAACACUUGAAUCUCAAGGCACCCAGAUCCCUCUCACUGCCGGAGUAUGGGUCCAAGCUGAAACACGGGGCUCUAGACCAGCACAGCCUACAGUCCGUGGACUCGGGCAUUCCUACCCUAGAGAUCGGCAACCCGGAGCCCGUCCCCUGCAGCGUGGUCCAUGUGAAGAGGAAACAGUCUGAGUCGGAGAUAGUCCCUGAGCGGGCCUGCCAGAGCGCAUGCCCGCUGCCAUCCUAUGCGCCACCAGCUCCCACCAGCGCCGAGCGGGAGCAGAGUGUGCGCAAGUCCUCCACGUUCCCCAGGACGGGCUAUGACUCUGUGAAGCUCUACAGCCCCACCUCCAAAGCCCUGAAUCGCAGUGAUGACGUCUCCGUCUGCAGCGUGUCCAGUCUCGGCACAGAGCUGUCCACCACCCUGUCCGUCAGUAAUGAGGACAUCCUGGACCUCAUGGUCACGAGCAGCUCCAGUGCCAUCGUGACCCUGGAGAAUGACGAUGACCCGCAGUUUACUGACGUCACCUUGAGCUCCAUCAAGGAAACCCAUGACCUACACCAGCAGGACUGUGUUGAUGAAAUUGCAGAGGGAAGUAAAUUGAAAAAAUUGGGACCAUUUAGUAACUUCUUUACAAGAAAGCCCCUGUCUGUGAGUGGGUUGUUUCCAGACCUCUCCCCUCUCCCGCAGUGUUCUGGCCUCACGGAAGGCCUAGAGCUCCGUGCGUGUGGAAGUGGCCUGGCCUCUGAAAGCUUCCCUGCUUCCCCACUCAGUGUGACGCUUGCUGGCGGGUGUCUUUUCACCAGGAACUUGCUUACUAGAAAACAAAAUGCAAGACUUGACAAACAAAAUGACUUGGGAUGGAAGUUAUUUGGAAAAAUGCCACUCCGAGAGAAUGCUCAGAAAGAGUCAAAGAAAGUACAAAAGGAAUAUGAAGACCAGGCUGGACGAGCUAGCAGGCCACCCUCCCCAAAGCAGAAUGUGAGGAAGAAUCUGGACUUCGAGCCGCUUUCCACCACCGCACUCAUCCUGGAGGACAGACCAGCAAAUCUCCCGGCGAAGCCAGCUGAAGAAGCUCAGAAGCACAGGCAGCAGUAUGAAGAAAUGGUGGUCCAGGCCAAAAAGCGAGAGCUGAAGGAAGCCCAGCGGAGGAAGAAGCAGCUGGAAGAAAGAUGCCGGCAGGAAGAAAGCAUCGGGAAUGCUGUCCUGACGUGGAACAAUGAGAUUUUGCCGAACUGGGAAACCAUGUGGUGCUCUAGAAAAGUCCGGGACCUGUGGUGGCAGGGGAUCCCUCCCAGUGUGAGAGGCAAAGUCUGGAGCUUAGCCAUUGGCAACGAGUUAAACAUCACCCACGAGCUCUUCCACAUCUGCCUCGCCCGAGCCAAGGAGAGGUGGCGGUGCUUCAGCGCGGGCGGCCCCGACGUGGACAGUGAAGAUGCCGGGUUCUCAGCAGCCGACAGAGAAGCCAGUCUGGAGCUGAUUAAACUGGACAUUUCUAGAACAUUCCCUAACCUCUGCAUUUUCCAGCAGGGCGGCCCGUAUCAUGACAUGUUGCACAGUGUGUUGGGCGCUUAUACUUGUUACCGACCGGAUGUGGGCUAUGUGCAGGGCAUGUCCUUCAUCGCCGCAGUGCUGAUCCUGAACUUAGAUACUGCAGAUGCCUUCAUUGCAUUUUCUAAUCUUUUGAAUAAACCCUGUCAAAUGGCGUUUUUCCGAGUGGACCAUGGCCUUAUGUUGACUUAUUUUGCCGCAUUUGAGGUAUUCUUUGAAGAAAAUUUGCCGAAAUUAUUUACUCAUUUCAAGAAAAACAGCUUAACUCCAGACAUCUACCUAAUCGAUUGGAUCUUUACCUUGUACAGUAAGUCUCUGCCCCUCGACCUGGCCUGCCGCAUCUGGGACGUGUUCUGCCGAGAUGGGGAGGAGUUCCUGUUCCGCACGGCCCUGGGCAUCCUGCGGCUGUUCGAGGACGUCCUGACCAGGAUGGACUUCAUCCACGUCGCCCAGUUCCUCACCAGGCUGCCCGAGGACCUGCCCGCAGACGAGGUUUUUGCCUCCAUCGCUGCAGUUCAGAUGCAGAGUCGCAACAAGAAGUGGGCUCAGGUGCUGACGGCAUUGCAGAGGGACAGCCGGGAGAUGGAGAAAGGAAGCCCGUCGCUCAGACACUGAGGCGGCAGGCGGACUCGCGCUCGGCACCGGAGCAGAGCUGCCAGCGCACCCGUGCUGUUUGGGGCGGACACUGGCAGCUGAGAACGGGGGCUGUUUUCCUGUUUGGUUCCUGGAACUGCAGUUGGCCUUAAAACAAACCAAACUUUUAAAGGAUUAAACCAAGGCUCAGCCUUAAGAAGCUCAGUGGAAUGAUGACCUAGUAUUGACAUGGCAACCACUGCACACUGCAUGGUUUAAAAGUAGGGCGGCGGCUCUCUCCCUUUUCCAGCAAACAUAAUUAAAUUGCGCUGCUUCUAUGUCACUACCGCCAGGGCGUAGUCUUUCUUAGCCGAGGUGCAUGAGAAGGUGUUUGGGAGACCUCAGAGAUGUUACUGGCCCAUGGUUACCUAUUUUGAUAGGAAAGGGAUUGCUGAUUUAGUUACUGAGGUAAUCGCUCCAGAGACAGGUCCAGUUGUUAAAGCCCACCUACCAAAGAUGCAUUAAGACACACGCGCUCUCGUGGACGCCCUGGGACUCACCUGCCCUCGGAGUGACAUCUUACCAUGUUGCCUUGACAGUCACAGUGCCAGGGCUGACAUGCACGCAUAGGCCCAGCAGGAGCCCUGCGCUCCCAGAGGUCGCCCGGCCCCCGUGGGGCAAUGGAGGGAAGGGGAGCAGGAGGAGCUCCGCACACAGAAGGCCCCAGGCGGCAGAGACAACCCUGAAGCCGAUGGAAACAGAACGGACACCGUCUCCCUUUAGGUCACGGUGUCAAGCCUGCCCUGCCCAUUAGUGUGCAGGCACGGACAGCACAGUGAGUGUGAGUGAGUGUGUGUGGCCCUGCUCUCGUGCUCUGACAGACUGCUCCUCUGUCCUUUGUCACCUGGACGGCAGCGGCAGCCCUGAGUGCCUGUUUCCUCCUCGCACAUUUGGCUUAAAGAUGGACUCUCCUGAGGACCGAGAAGCGAGCCACGCAUAUCUAGUGGCCCAGAAAGUUCUGUCACAUUUUCAGUGUCCUUACCGUCAGCCCUCCCAUUCUAGCUGGUUCCCCAAGUUCAUGAGCACCUCUUUUGUUCUAGAUUUUCCUUGAUGAAUUUUGAGAACUUUGUAUUAGGGACUUUGGUUAUCCAACUUCAAUAAAUGAAUAGUUUUUGCACAAAGUAGUCCAAAGGACCAGCACCUCUCUAUGGAAACAGGUUCCCACGGGAUAAUCUGUUGGCGUGUUGAUCUCUGGGGGUGUGGGCGACCCGGCGGCAGGGCACCAGCAGCCGUGCGGUGCAUGCUGGGGUCUGGCUCUGGCCUUUCUCAGCUGGACUCCCAGCCCAGGGUGCAUCCCCCGCCCGCCGGGCUGGUCCUGUGUCUGAUGUUGGGAGUGCCCUCAGCUUCCAGUGUGUAACCUGCCACGAGGAGCCCUGGGGGGUGGUGGGGGGUAGUGAAGCUGGCUGCGCGCUGUUUGAUAGGCUUUCUGUGUCUGCCGUGUCCACUGAUGACACUUGCAGUGCAAUAGCGAGUUGCCAGCCAUUGGCCGCCCUCGUGCCUCUGUCCUGGCUGCGCUCUGUGCGUCCUUUCCCCGGAAUUGCCUUUGUUCCCUGUCUCCCAUGCAUUCCCCAGGGCGGCUGCAGAGCAGCAUGGAAACCACUCUCGGCCUCGGCCUUUAGUGCUGACUCGUCGACCUCUGGGAGGAGAUCUGCCUGCGCCUUCCAGACAGAGCAGCCGGUCCUGACACCCCGAUGCUGAAUGUCACCCGACUGAGCCGCUGCGCAGGGGCGCCCGUUCCUUCCAUGGCGCGCUUCCUGUUCCUGAGACCUGCACCUUUUCUUACCGCCCAUAGGCUGUUCCUUCUGUCGUGACAGGAAGUGGUGCAGCCGGCGGUGGGGCCCUCAGAGUGCACCUGUGCAUUCAGACCCAGCCCUGAACGGGUUUCGUCGGCUUGAACCUCUUUGGAUAGCAAUUUGCAUUAAGUUUUUGGGUUGUUUUAAUCCUCACCUGAGGAUGUUUUUUCCGUUGAUGUCUAGAGAGAGUGGAAGAGAGUGGAGGGAGGGAGGGAGGGAGAGAGAGAGAGAGAGAAGCAACCAAGUGAGACACAUUUAUUGAUUGGUUGCUCCCCCCCCCCGCCCAGGUGCCAGACAGGGGCUGGGGAACCUGCAGCCAAGGUACGUACCCUUGACCGAGAAUUGAACCUGCAGCCCUUCCGUCCACAGGCCAACACGCUAACCACUGAGCACCAGCCAGAGCUGCAUUACAUUUUUAAACAAGAUUCCAUGUCAUCAGAAUACUUACAAGUCUCUAGUUCAGAAGAGGCUUUUGUGACCUGCUCAGGGACCCCGUGAGGUCUGGCUGGCUGGCUCUGUCCCCUUCAGAGCCCAGGAAGUUCUCAUCCGCGUCAGAGCACGUGGCCCCUGCACAGAGGACUGCUUCCGGGCUCAGGGCUGUGCUGCUCCACUUGCCAGUAUCCAUUAAGAAAACGGAACAAACCUGGAGGCCCGCCCUUGGAGCCCACACCUCCCGCCCCGGCCUGGACCGGGUGCAGCCGCCCAGGCCUCGGGGCCUCCUCUAGAGCCAGGCUUCCCUGUAGAAGAGCCUUCUUAGCUGCUCAGUGUGACUAUUUUAAAUAGUUUGCUGGUAGAAAAUGUCUGCUUACACUUGAUACAUACCAUGUUUUAAUUGCUGUACAGUUAGCCUUUGAUCUUAUGUAGUAAAGUGUAUCAAAUCAGGACUUUUUGAAUUGUAAAUAUAUGGUUUUAUUAAAUAAAACUCAUGUAAAAUUGUUA